AUGUCGGACAGCGAUGACUAUGGCGAUGAGUUUGACGACACCGAAUUCAUCACUGUUGCGACGCAGGCGGAAAAGGAAAACACUCCUGCAUUCCAAGCGUCGCCACGGCCAACCAAGCGGCGAAAGCUUAGCACAGCAAAUGAGAGGACGGCAUCCAUUCCGCGAAAGAAGCCACAGGGUGUUCGACGACGAGCGUUCGUGUCAUCUGAAGACGAUGAAGCUGAUGGAUUGAGCGAUGACACGGUCUCUGACCCCGGCAGCACGUGCACUGGCGGCAGGUCACGUAGCAAGAAAGCUACUUUCGAUCAGCAUGGUGACGAUGAUGCGCAAAGGGACGAUGCGUCGCCGACGAGACUCACCGUUGCCCAGAAGAGGAAGGAACGCAUCCAUGUUCCCACCACCAACCUGGACAUGAAAGAGUUGUUCUUCACGCAGCCGCCGCAAGAGCACUCACCACCCUGGAAGCCUCGAGGGGCAAUAUGGGCGAAGCAAAAGACGUCUAUAGGAGUGCACGCACCUUCAGCGCCGACGAAGUGGGCGGGCCUGGAUGCAAUGAAGACCAUGUCUUUGCCCGGAAGACAGCUGCCAACCACUAACAAUGCGACUGCCUAUGACUUCACUCAAGACUUAGCCGACCUGCCUUCUGAUGCAUUUGCAUCCUCGUCAUCUUCGCCGCAAAAGCAGGAUGGGGGCACGAGUGUGCAGGACUCCCGCAAGCGCGUAGUGGCUCCCCAGACAGGCUUGCGUCAAACAACUCUGUUCGGUCGGCAGGGUGUCAAUGGUGAUGUGCCUCUUUCGCAAGUGAACAAACGAUACAAUUUCAUUGCCGACCAGAAGGCAGAACCUCCUACGCACCACGCGCUAGACACUGAGGCAAUCAAGACUUGGGUCUACCCAACUAAUCUGGGUACGAUUCGUGAUUAUCAGUUCAAUAUCGUACAGAGAGGUUUGUUCAACAACCUACUUGUGGCGCUCCCAACUGGUCUCGGCAAGACAUUCAUUGCGGCAACCAUCAUGCUCAACUGGUAUCGCUGGACAAAGGAUUCACAGAUAGUGUUCGUCGCUCCUACCAAGCCACUUGUCGCUCAACAGAUCGACGCCUGCUUCCAUAUCGCUGGCAUCCCGCGAUCACAGACUACCAUGUUGACCGGAGGCGUAUCUCCCGCGCUACGGUCAGAGGAAUGGAAGAGCAAGCGUGUGUUCUUCAUGACACCCCAGACCUUGCUGAAUGAUCUGAAACACGGGUACGCGGACCCAAAGAAGCUAGUGUUGCUCGUGGUGGACGAGGCACAUCGUGCCACAGGGGCAUACGCAUACGUAGAAGUGGUCAGCUUCUUGCGACGCUUCAAUCAGAGCUUUCGUGUUCUAGCACUGACGGCCACCCCGGGUGCGAACGUGGAGUCAGUUCAGAAGGUUAUUGAUGGACUGGACAUCUCCAGAGUCGAAAUUCGCACGGAAAAUUCCAUGGACAUUUGCAGCUACGUGCAUUCACGAAGUAUCGAAAAACACGUUUUUCAAAACAGCGACGAGAUGGAAAUGUGCAUGGAACUUUAUAGCCACGCACUCCAACCACUGGUCAACACGGUCAACGGACUCAACGCAUACUGGAGCAAGAACCCUUGUGACUUGACGCCAUAUGGAUGUCAACAAGCACGAAAUAAGUGGAUUUCAGAGGCUGGUCGUCAUGCAAACCAAGGAGUAAAGUCCAUGGUCAAUGCUGUCUUCACAAUUCUUGCCUCGAUCUCACAAGCAAUGGACCUUUUGAAGUAUCACGGCAUGGGUCCCUUUUACGUGAAGCUAAAGGAGUUCAAAAAGGAGAGCGAUAAGAGCAAGUCCAAGUACAGGAAGCAGAUUCUCGACAGCGAGUCUUUCCAAAAGCUCAUGGUGCGCCUGCAAGGUUGGGUUACGGACGAUAACUUCGUUGGCCAUCCUAAGCUAGAGUUCUUGCAGCAGGUUAUUCUGGAUCAUUUCGUCAACGCUGGCAACGGCGAUAAUGUCGAAGGCGCGCCACCCUCGCAGACCAGGAUCAUGGUCUUUGCUCACUUCCGUGACAGUGCCGAAGAAAUCAGCCGCAUUCUCAAGAGGCAUGAGCCAAUGAUCCGGCCUCGCGUGUUCGUGGGGCAGUCGACCGGCAAGAACUCGGAGGGAAUGAGUCAAAAGGAACAGCUGGAAGCCAUCGAGCAGUUCAAACAAGGCACUUUCAACACUCUCAUCGCGACAUCUAUCGGUGAAGAGGGUCUCGAUAUUGGUGAGGUCGACCUCAUCAUUUGUUACGAUUCAAAAGCCUCGCCUAUCCGCAUGUUGCAACGUAUGGGACGAACUGGAAGAAAGCGUCAAGGAAAGAUUGUCAUGCUUCAGAUGCAAGGGAAAGAGGAGAAUGAUGCAAACAAAGCCAAAGAUAGCUACGAAAAGAUGCAAGAACUGAUCGCGAAAGGUACCCAUUUUACCUUCCACGAUGAGAUCUCGAGAAGGAUAUUGCCACCGGACGUCAAACCGGCGGUCGACCGUCGGGUCGUUGAGAUACCACGAGAAAACUCUCAACAGGAUUGGUUGCCAGAACCUAAGAAAGGUCGUCGACUGAAGAAGCCUCCAAAGGUGUUCCACAUGCCUGAUGGUGUCUUGACCGGCUUUGUUACGGCGGGACGUAUGGAUGAGGAAAUCGCGCCCAAAGGUCGCAAAAAAAAGGUCGUUGCACUGACUUACCCCAGCGAAGAGAUCUUCACAAUACCACCACUCCAGUUGGUGCUGCUAGAUGAUGACGCUGCAAAGGAUCUGGAGCGUCGCUUUCAAACGGUCUUCGAUGAUGACGAAUCCCCAAUGGUUAAUGGCUUGGACUACAGUCGCCACCCAGAGCGUCAACGGAUACUUUCUCGACCCCAGAUAUUACCUGCAUCAGGACGUGGAGCUCGUGCGUAUGUCGGCACCAUGCAGCGAAUAAACAAGAUGGACAGUGAGCGGCUUGAGUUGUUCCAACAAAAUCUGCAUCUGUCGGAUUGUGAACCUGAUGCUGAACACGACCUACUCGUCUCAGAUACCGAGUCAAGGCCCAUUAUACAUGAGGACAUGUGGGCCAGUGAUGAUGGUGACGAUGAUGCCGGGUCUCUGACACUACCAAAGCCUAAAGCGAAAGCAAAAGCAAAGCCAGGUCCGAAGCCUAAAGCUAAAGGCGUACCUGAAAGCGCACCCAAAAGCGCACCCAAAACACCAGCAGCACCUCGAGGUCGCCCCCGGAAAAGCGCGGCUCCUGUGGAAACCCCCAUACGUCUGUCCAAAGCCACGAGCCAGACACCGCACACGAAAACGCCAAAGACGCCAAACUGGCGGGUCUCCGGGCUCGCACAAGAAGGCGGAUCAUCAUCGCCGCCGCCAACUGAUCCACGCUUCCGCCUUGCCUCGCAGGCAGAUACGAUCGGUUCUGACGACACUUUAGGUGACGACGAGGUACAGGAUACACAAGCAUACAAGCUGGACUCGGAACUUGCCAGCUUCAUUGUGGAAGACGAGGAUGAUGAUGAUGAUGUCCCGCCAUCCAGUCUCCCCAGCCUUGAUCUGGCUGGUCUUGGAAGAGGCACACAAGCUGUAGUCAAAGCUGCUCAGCCUAAGAGGGCGCCAAAGGCAGACAAGAUCUUCACAAGCGAUGUGACUGACAAUGAUGCUGUCGUGAGCAGCGAUAGCGACGACGAUGCGCCACUUGUCAAGAAGAAUGCUGGUGCAAGUAAGAGUAUGGCGUUUGUGGUAGAUUCUGCUUCAGAAGACGAGGAAAAUGCGCCUAUUGUUCAUCGGCAGAGAGCGCGAAGGGUGAUCCAUGACGAUGACGACGAUGAGUGA